GCUGCAGCGGGAGCCCGGCCCUCAAGGAGUUACCGGUUGGGAAAAUGACUUCAUGUUUCUGCCCGGCUCCUCUCGGCUCGCCCCCCACGGCCCCGUUUCACAAUCCCGCCGCGCUCAGACGGGGCGAGCGCACACCCCCGUGUUCUCAGCCCGGAUUUUCCCAGGCCGUGAAUAAUCUCGAAGCCCCCUCGAUAAAUACACGUUCAGGGAUGCCCGGAGCUCACUCAACCCGCCGGCCUCUCCUCCUCCUCCGAAGACGGGACGGAGCCGAAGAAGAAGAGCCUCACCAUGAGCUCUCCCGACGGCUGCCAGGCGGCGAGGAGCCGGGGGCCGCCCUCCCUCCGCUCCGCCGCCGCCCUGCUGCUGCUGCUGCCGCUGCUGCCUCCGCCCGCCGCCGCCGCGCCGCUGCCCCUGGCCGCCGGCCCCGACUCCUCCGGGGAGGCCGAGCCGGAGGAGGCCGGGGCGAGGCGAGCGGCGCUGCCCGACUGCGAGGCCCUGGCCUGGCUGCUGCACGCCCGGGCGGCCCGACUGCAGGAGGAGAUGUGCGAGAAGUUCACCGUCUGCGAGAACAGCAUGGAGAUGCUGGUCCAGAACAACCUCAACCUCCCCAAGGUGACGGAGGAAGACGGGUGUCUCCUGGCUGGCUUCGACGAGGAGAAAUGCUUGAAGAAACUCUCCAGCGGGCUUUUCACCUUUCAGACCUACCUUGAAUACGUACAAGAAACUUUUACCAGUGAAAAGCAAAAAGUUGAGUCGCUGUGCUAUAGCACAAAGCAUCUGGCAACGACGAUAAGGCAGAUGGUGAUAAAUCCUGAUGAAGUGGUCAUCCCAGAUUCAGCUACCCAGAAAUCCCUCCUCACAAAGCUGAAAUCGGAUAAGACCUGGAUAGAGAAAAUCACCACACACCUCAUCCUCCGAGACUUUACUUCAUUUAUGGAGAAAACCGUGAGGGCUGUUCGCUAUUUGAAAAACACCAGGAGUGUCAGUGUCUGAAUGUUUUAAUUCGGGCACGAUCCUUUGUUACAAAUCUGUCAUGUGGCAGAUGACAGUGUUGUUCUGUUUUAAGAACCAGAAAUAGUAACAAUGGUUUUCAUUUUUAUAUAUCCUCAUUUCCUUUUAGGAACCUAUUUAUUGUAUUUAAAAUAUUUAUUCAUUUCUAAUGAUUUCUAUUUAUAUUUUCAAUAUUUAGAAAUAAUUUAAAGAAAGGACCUAUUUUAUUUCAUUUCUAAUGGUAUUAUUCAGAAUAUCAACUUAUUUAAUAUGUAUUUGAUACCAAAAGAAUUUUUCAGAAGCUAGAUUGUUGUAUAACUUAUGCUUUUAAAAUAUUUGAGAUUGCAUUUAUGACCUAUUUAUAUUUUGUAAACAAAUAAAAACUGAUUAAAAAAA